AUGCGCGAGAAGCCGCCGGAGCGCGUCCGCACGUCUUUGUGCGGACGCCGAAGCAAAACCGCAGCAACUGAUGUCUCAUCGGUUGCUGCAGCGACUCAGCCUGUGUCACUUGGCGAUGCAGAUGACGGUCAUGAAGUCACUCAUGUCUUCACAGAGUAUGAGCUCGGAGUCUCAUACUCUCCUGAUACGGAAGACGGAUCCGUAUCGACGGCGAUCGAAUCCAAGCCACCUGCCAAGCGUGGCAUGGAUGAUGCUAUGCGUCGUAUAUCUUUGGUUCGUCUGAUGAAUCAGACGAACCAUCGCCGAAGCGAAGGCGCUCGGGAGAUCGCAAGCUCGGGCGCUAACAGUGGUGUCGGUUCUCCUAUUGACACAACUUCGCAACGAGGUGUCAGUCCUUCUGUCGGCACGUCGCAGGAAGAGGGACCGCAGCGUGUUGCGUCUCGCUUCCCGAGAAGAAGGCAUGGAUGCCUCUAA